CUAUCGUCUUCUUCUCCUUCUUCUUCUCUAUUCAUACUUCUUGCUCUUUGAGUUCUUUCUUCUUUCUUCUUUCUGUUUUGUUUUUAUAAUUUCUUGCAUAACAAGAAUCAAAACACAGACAAAAUGCCUGCCGCUGGAGGUUUCGACAAGGGUACAGGGAAGGUCUACCCUGGAAACCUUACUCCCUUCGUUACCGUAACAUGUAUCGUCGCAGCCAUGGGUGGUCUCAUCUUUGGUUACGAUAUUGGGAUUUCUGGUGGUGUGACUUCAAUGGCUCCAUUCUUGAAGAAGUUCUUUCAUUCUGUGUAUGAUAAGCAACAAGCUAACAAGUCAACUAACCAGUACUGCCAAUACGACAGCGAGACACUCACUCUGUUCACGUCUUCGUUGUAUUUGGCCGCUCUACUCUCGUCACUUGUUGCUUCCACCGUAACAAGAAAAUUUGGCCGGAAAUUGUCCAUGUUAUUCGGUGGCGUGCUGUUUCUCGCCGGUGGUUUGAUCAAUGGUUUCGCCAAAGCAGUCUGGAUGCUCAUUCUCGGUAGAAUAUUGCUCGGUUUCGGUAUCGGUUUCGCAAAUCAGUCUGUGCCACUCUACCUUUCCGAGAUGGCUCCAUACAAAUUCAGAGGCGCCCUCAACAUUGGGUUUCAAUUGUCGAUUACAGUUGGUAUUCUCAUUGCCAAUGUGCUGAACUAUUUCUUUGCUAAGAUAAAGGGCGGCUGGGGAUGGCGUUUGAGUUUGGGGGGUGCCAUUGUUCCUGCUCUUAUCAUCACAGUGGGUUCAUUGGUCCUCCCUGACACACCAAAUUCAAUGAUCGAACGCGGCGAGCACAAUGAAGCUAAGAGGAAACUCAAGAGAGUUCGCGGUGUUGAUGACGUUGAUGAGGAAUUUGAUGACCUUGUUGCAGCUAGUGAAGCGUCUAGACUAGUUGAACAUCCAUGGAGAAAUUUGUUGAAGAGAAAAUAUAGGCCUCACCUUACUGUUGCCAUUUUAAUUCCUUUCUUCCAACAACUCACCGGUAUUAAUGUGAUCAUGUUUUAUGCUCCCGUUUUGUUUAACACAAUCGGGUUCGCUAGUGAUGCUUCACUCAUGUCUGCUGUGAUCACUGGCAUUGUUAAUGUUGGUGCUACCAUUGUUUCGAUUCGUUAUGUUGAUAAAGUUGGAAGAAGAUUUCUUUUCCUGGAGGGUGGAAUUCAAAUGUUGAUCUGCCAGAUUGCGGUUGCUGCUUUUAUUGGUGCUAAAUUUGGAGUUGAUGGGAAUCCUGGAGACCUACCAAAAUGGUACGCCAUUGUUGUGGUGCUCUUCAUCUGCAUUUAUGUUGCAGGAUUUGCGUGGUCUUGGGGACCUCUUGGGUGGCUUGUGCCUAGUGAAAUUUUUCCACUUGAAAUUCGAUCAGCUGCUCAGAGUAUCAAUGUCUCAGUGAAUAUGUUUUUCACAUUUGUUGUUGCUCAAAUCUUCUUGACUAUGCUCUGCCACUUUAAGUUCGGUUUAUUCCUCUUCUUCGCGUUCUUUGUGAUCGUGAUGUCAAUCUUUAUCUACUUUUUCAUGCCGGAAACAAAGGGAAUCCCAAUUGAAGAGAUGGGUCAAGUAUGGAAGACACACUGGUAUUGGUCUCGAUUCGUCGGUCCAGAUGAUUUUGUCUCUGCUGGAAACCUUGAGAUGGGCAGGGGAAAGGGAAACGCCACUCUUCCAGUAAAGGAUGUGUAAUCAACUUAAUUAUUUAGCUCCAGUUUUUAAUUUUAAUAUUGGGUAGCUGCAGUACAUAUUAUGGGAUUUCAUGUCUAGACUUCAAAGAUUGUAUCCUGAAAAUUUAUAACAUUCGCAGCUCUACUUUUGUUUAGUAAAAUCUGUUGUCAACUACAGGCUAAUUUGUGGCACAAUCAAUUAAAUUUCUUCGCCCUA